AUGAGUACAUUAAUGUUUGGUCAAUAUAUUAUCAGAGCAUCUGAAGUAUUCUUUGAAACAAAGUUAUCGAUGGCACUGGUAAAUUUGAAACCUGUACUACCUGGUCAUGUAUUGGUAUGUCCAAAGAGAGUUGUAAAGAGAUUCUAUGAUUUGUCACCGGAGGAGAUUAACGAUAUCUGGCAGUCUGCAAGUAGAAUAUCGAGGGUGAUAGAGAAGCAUUUCGAUGGUGACGGUAUGACUUUUGCGAUUCAAGACGGCAAGAAUGCAGGACAGACCGUAGAGCACGUACACAUCCACAUCAUACCAAGAAAGAGAACCGACUAUGAAAACACCGAUCAAAUCUACACUGAAAUCGAAAAGGAAAGACAACCACGUACUCUCGAAGAGAUGGCAUCUGAAGCAGAAACCCUAAGAGUUUAUUUCAAAGACAACAACGAUCUUAUUGAAAAUCAAACAAAAACAACAACAACAACAACAAAUCAUCAACUAGAGUGUAUAAAUUAUCAGAUGUCAAGUAGUAAUAAAACAACGACAACAGAACAACAACCACCACCACCAGUGUGUAGUGUUGAGAAAGGAGAUGAUGAAGGUUUAUUUAAAUUCUCAUUCGAGAGAAGUCCAACCAUAAAGAGAAUCGCACUGUUGACAAGUGGUGGUGAUUCCUGUGGUAUGAAUCCAGCGAUUCGUGCAUUCGUACGUGCAUCUCUAAUUAAAGGUGCCGAAGUCUUUGCUAUUCGUGAGGGUUACAAUGGUUUAGUACAAGAUUCUAUCAUCCCAUUGAAUUGGGGUAGUGUUGCAUCCAUUAUCAAUCGUGGUGGAACUAUCAUUGGUACUGCAAGAUCGGCGGAAUUCAGAACGAGAGAAGGCAGAAAGAAGGCAGCUUUCAAUUUGAUAAAGAAUAAGAUCAAUAAUCUCUUGGUGAUUGGUGGUGACGGUAGUUUGACCGGUGCCAACUUGUUGCGUGAGGAAUGGUUCGGAUUGCUCAGUGAGUUGGUUCAGGAGAAGUUGAUCGAUGCAUCGAUUCCCGAGUCCGAUUUGGGAAAGCUGUCGAUCGUCGGUAUGGUAGGAUCGAUCGAUAACGACAUGUAUGGAACGGACAUCACCAUCGGUGCCGACACUGCCAGUCACCGUAUUCUCGAGUGUAUCGAUUCCAUCCUUAGUACUGCAGUCAGUCAUCAACGUUCAUUCGUAAUCGAAGUUAUGGGUAGAAAUUGUGGUUGGUUGGCAUUGGUAUCUGGUUUGGCAACUGGUGCAGAUUAUAUAUUUGCACCGGAGAAUCCACCUGAAGCCGGAUGGGAAGAUGUCAUGCUUGAGGGAUUGGAAAGAGGUAGAGUUUCCGGUAGAAGAUGUUCAUUGAUUAUUGUUGCUGAGGGUGCAAUCGAUUCCAAUGGUAAUCCAAUCAGUUCAUCCUAUGUCCGUAAGGUAUUGGAGGAGAAAGGUGGAUACGAUGCACGUAUCACUAUUCUUGGACAUGUACAAAGAGGUGGUGUGCCAACUUAUUGUGAUCGUUAUAUUGCAACAAGAAUGGCAGUUGAAGCAGUCAACUAUUUAUUCUCAAAGACCGCCACCUGUGAACCAAUGAUGAUUGGUAUGGUUGGAAAUAGAGUAGUUAGAAAACCACUGAUGGCUUGUGUAAAAGAAACUCAAAAAAUAGGUGCAUUACUAAAGGAAAAGAAAUUUAAAGAAGUUGUACAGUUGCGUGGUCCAUUGUUUGAGGAGUUUAGUGAUAUUUUCGGAAUCUGUGCCAAUCUCAAGAGAAUGAACAGCCCCAAGAAGAAUUAUAAUAUUGCGAUCUUGCAUUCCGGUGGACCGUCGCCAGGUAUGAAUCCAGCGGUUCGUGCUUUCACUCGUCUCGGUAUCGAUGCCGGCUUCGGAGUGUACGGUAUCUUCAAUGGUUUCAAUGGUCUGGCCAAGGGAGAUGUCCGUGAGAUGACUUGGAUGUCGGUCAACGGUUGGGCCGUCAUGGGUGGAGCGGAGCUUGGAACGAAUCGCUCCGUGCCAAACGACUCCAACAUCGAGGCGAUCAUUGCCAACAUUGAGAAAUUCAAGAUCAAUGCUAUUCUGAUGUUUGGUGGAUUCAACGGUUACGUCGGUAUCUCCAAUCUCUACGAGUACCGCAAGAAGUACAAGCAACUGGAGAAGGUCGCCAUGAUUUGCGCGCCUGGAACCAUUGCCAACAACGUGCCGGGCACUGAAAUUUCAGUGGGUGCCGACACCUGUCUCAACAAUAUUCUUGACGCACUUGACAAGAUCAAACAAUCGGCUGUUGCUUCGCGUCGUUUGUUUGUGGUUGAGGUGAUGGGUGCGCACUGCGGUUACCUCUGUGCGAUGUCAUCGUUGACCAGUGGUGCCGAGCGCGCCUACACCAUGGAGGAAGGUGUCACCCUGAAAUCGCUGACAGCCGAUCUCAAGAUGUUUAGCAACCGUUUCAAGGGCGACAAUCGCAUCGGUUUGAUCAUCACCAGCGAGAAUGCAUCGUCGACCUACUCCACCCAUUUCAUCUACUCACUCUUCAAGGAGGAAGGCAAGCAUCUCUUUGAUGCGCGUGAGUCGAUUCUCGGACAUCUCCAGCAGGGUGGCAAUCCUUCGGCACUCGACCGUCUGGCAGCAUCGCGUCUUAUGAACCAGUUUGUCAAGCUGAUCGACGAGGAGUGCAUCAAGAAGGGCAACGCCGUUGCCGGUUGCAUCGGUAACAUCGAAGGCGCCAUCAAAUUCACCGAUAUCGAGCAGAUGAAGUUGGAAAUCAAUCAUAAAUACCGUCGUCCAGAGAAUCAGUGGUGGUUGCCACUACUGGAGUUGUCUCGUAGAAUCUCGGUGUCGCCACACGACGACAACGGUGAGAACGACCCCUGUGAAGUAGCAAAAGAGCAUCAAGACUCACACAACUUAACCGUAACCUCACCAACCAUUUACUCACAAUCACAAAUUAAUUCAAAUCCUCAAUUAACUCUUUAA